CAUCAAAAAUAAUUGAUAACUUUGUUGAAGAUGUCAAGGACAUUGUGCAGUAUGCUGAAUUAGAUCAGCCAACAAGCACCCAGAGAGAUACCCAAGUGGGACACUGUACGACAAAGCGGAAACCCUUCCGUGCAGCUCGUAGACUCUGCGAGAGACUUCAGGCAAAGCUGGAGACAUUGUUCCUCAGAAUGGGUGGAGCUCCAGUCCAAGGGGAAGAACUUAUGGAAAAAGCUGACUCCAGUGCUGUGCUUCUGGAGCAUACUGACUCCAGUGAUCUGCCUGUUUCAAUCCUGAGCUUGCCUUCCCCAUGUAGGAGUGAAUCCCCUAUAUCAGAACGUAGUUCAUCUUCUUUAUCUGAUGGAUGUGAUUCAACUGACUCUGUAGGAGAGAAAACACCAGAGCAACCUGAAACCAGUAAGAGUGAGGCAAUACUGCAAGUGGUCAACUCAACAGGACUUGGUUCUCUCCGUAAAUGCCAAAGUGAGAACUCUCAACCAUUACUGUCUCUCUGUGAUUCCAACAUGGUGCCCUGCACCAAAGAGGUCUUGUCCCAGAUUGUGACCAUGUAUAGGUCAGAGGUGGCAGAUUUGGAAUGCACAUCAUCUGUUGCAGAGGGUUCCUCUUCCAACUCCCUUGAAGUCUGUGGCUUUUUGGACAGUGUCAUGUCUUAUCUAGAAGACAUGCCUGUGUCUGGUUCUUCAUGGUUGGAAGGAUUGAGAGAUACUCCAGCCUCAGUCAUUGAGAAACUCUCCAGUGAGGAGUUCCAGAUGAACGCUACCAACGAAGUGCGAAAAAUACUGAUCAAAUCAGUCAGUAGCUUUCCCAGCAAAGUCAGUUCCAGCCAGACAGAUUCUCAGAUGUUGCCAGCAAAAUCAACAAUUUCCUUAAGGCAUACAGAUAUAACUGCUUUUGAAAUCGUUGGAUCAAUUACAAAUGACAUGAAGAGCCUUUUCCCACCCACAGAGUCUUCUACUACUCUAUGGCAGGCAGACUCUAUGCUUCAACAGAGUGAUGAGAAAACCUCAGAGUACACUGAGGCCACACCCAAAGGCUCACAGUCUGGUUUGGAAGUAUCUGAGAAGAAGAUCUGGACAACUGCAAAGACUAUUUACCACAAUGUGAAGACAAAGAUGAGGAAUUAUUUUACAUGGCAAAAUCAAGUCAAAGCAACAACGGCUCAAGCCAAAAAGACCCUCAGCCAUAUUCUGGUUUCAAUUCAGAAAGAGCUGUCAAAAUCUGACCAAACGGUGACUGCGCUUUCACAAAUAGAGAAUGUGGUUGGAAUGAUGCUGAAGGAUGUUGAAAGGGUAAGCAGUGAAUGUGGUGAGGAACUGAUCUAUCAAGCGCCACAGCGUUCUUCCUCCUCGUUGUCAUCCUCAUCUGCCAGAUCAAAGAAGUCAGAGUGGGAAUUUUCACUCCCUGGCACUCCCAUCUCUUCUGAUUUACCAGAGUGUAUUACUCAGCCCAUUGUGAGAUGCUCAGUCAUCGACAUGGGCAAAUCUACUAAGCCAAAAACAUUGGUGUGUGAUGCCAGGGAAAGCAUGUCUGCAAUAGUGGAUACCAUCAUAAAGGAGGUACAUCCAGAGGAAGAAGGGGAGGUUGCAUUCCACCCUGAUCUAACAGCUGCAAUAGCAAGACUGGAGGAGCUCAUAUCUCAGGGUAGGAUUGGUGCUCUCUCACGUGAUCUUACUCACCAAGUCAACCGCAUCAUUUCUGAGAGCAACUUGACCCCUCUGGUUCUGACAGUGGCGGCUGGAAAGAGUGCAUCCGAUACAGUCCUUACUGAGCUGAAGAGGAAUGACAAGACGGUGGGGAAGCCCACAGCUUACAAGCUGGUUCAGCUUUUUGCAGAGGAGUCUGUGAAGCGCCUCUUGCUUCCUAGCCUUGUGCCCUCUACAGCUUCAAUGAGUUUGGCUCAGGGAGUUAGUGUGCCGGCUAGCGUAUCUGAAGAUAGGAUUUCAUGUUCUUUUUCUACAUCAGCAUUUAGUGACACAGUCAGCCUGUUUACCAAAGUAAUGGUAAGCCAGGUCAUGGACUCUGUGGUUUCUGAUGCACAAAGCAGAGGGUCAUCUCCAACCGGAACUGUAACUGAUAUAGGCAGUCUACUGAGUGGUAAGUCCUACCCUCUGCCAUCUUUCUCCGCCAUCAGCAUGACAACAAGUGGGACCUCCAAUGCUGCACGAGGCUUUGAGGCCAACAUAGAUGCUGAGGAAAGGGAUACCAUCAGUUGUUUCGGUGUACCUCAGAGCAUUGUUUGUGAUCAGAAUUCAACCAGCCCGGAUGUUGCCUCGCUUUCAACCCCAUCCACUGACAACUUAGUCGGUGAUGAUGACUUCACCGGCCUCAUCAGCAUGUUAGUGGUGAGACUUCUGUCAAAAAUCCAAACCCAAACUGAUCUGUACCCAACUGACGUCACACGCACGUCACAAGACCUGAUUCCAAAAGUUAUAGCUGCCUUCUGUGCAUGGUCAGGCUGCUCUGAGACCCAAGCUUAUCCCAAGAACCUGAAGAGUCACAAAGUAUACAGCACCGUCUACAAACAUCUGUUGAAGGAGUUUGGCUCAGAGAAAAUACUCCAACUGGCCGUGUCGACUCAGGACUCCACAUUCAAUAGGAUUCUUGUGAAGUCAUUGAGCAAGGAGCUUCUCCACAGUUGUAACGAGGCAUCAAGAGCAGCCUCAAGAACAUCUUUCGAAGCCACCAGGCCAGAAGCUCUUCUCAUGGCUGAAGAUGUGAAGGCUACCAGAGGGAAGCUGUCUUUCCUACAAAGGCUUGCCAGACUGAAAUUCGACUUAAAGCCAUUCAUGAUGGGAAACAAGAAGGAUUCCAAGAAGAAUUCCCGCCAUUCUGAAUCCAAAGACCAGACUACUGCUGAAGAUAUCAUAUUGGCACAUCCUGGACUCCCAGAGGGUCUUCCCUCCACCUCUCAACAGGAGAAGCCUCGCAAACGUCCCCUUCUAAUCAGGAUGUUUUCCACCAUCUCCAUAGGCCUAUCCAAGCCAUUCAAACGGUUUUCAAAGCAAGCUUAAUACAACAAUUUCCUUUAAUACAGUAAUAUUUGCAUUGAA